AUGGAGGAGGAAGAACCAACAUACACUAUUAAUGAUGUUAUUCAAGAAGAAGAAGAGUCCACAGCCAUGGUUUUGGGUGGUAUGGAGCAGAGCUUUUUGGAGAAAUGCACGUAUUCAAAGGGAUACCUUCCUCGACAGGCUUUGUAUUUUUGUGAAACGUGUUAUCAAUCGACUAAGAAGUGGGCUGGUAUUUGUUACGCCUGUUCUGAAACUUGCCAUGUGGAUCAUGAUAUUAUUGAACUCCAUACUAAACGGAAUUUCCGUUGUGAUUGUGGGAAUGACAGGUUUAACGGUGCCUCUAGCUGUCAACUUAGCGAACAAAAGGAUCCCGAAAAUGUUAAAAAUGAGUACAAUCAUAAUUUCGAGGGGCUAUUUUGUAAUUGCAAUCGUCCCUAUCCUGAUCCUGAAUAUUCGGGAAACGAAGAAAUGUUUCAGUGUAUCGUCUGUGAAGAUUGGUUCCACUUAGAACAUAUGGGAUUGUCGAAAGACUCCAAGGUCGCUGAAAGCGCUCUGGAGACUAUUUGUGAUAAAUGCGUGGAGAAACAUCCAUUCCUUUGGUUGUACUAUUACAGUCAAAAGAAAUUAGAAUUGAAGGAGAAUGAAGAGGAUAAUGAAGAAUGCCCCUCAAAGAGGAUCCGCCUUGAUGAUUUUGUAUCGUCCAAUGAUUCCACGGCGGAAGUGGUGACUUGUCGUGUCCCUUCGGUCCUGUCCACUUGUGGUGUUGACAAACUAGAUGUUUCCAAGGACGAAGUCUCCAAAUUAGAAGUUAAUGGCUUAAAAUUUCCGUCGGCGCUUUUCUGGCAAAAUGAUUGGCGUACUGAAACAUUGUGUAGCUGCGACUCUUGCAAGAUCAUGCUGAAAGAGCGUGGUCUUACUUUUCUUUUGGAUUCCAAAGACUCCGUUUCGGACUACAUGAAUGUGGGAUUAACCAGAUUUAGAGCUCUUGUUGAGGAAAGAGAGGAGGAAGAUAAGCGAAUGCUCCUGCAACUCCCUCGACCCCAGGCCAUUGAGUUUGCGCACAGUGUCAAUAAUUUUAAAUCUGCACUUGGAGAAUUCCUCGCUUCUGAAUCAAGAAACGGUGUCAUUACUAAAGCUGCUGUAACCCAAUUCUUUGAAGAUUUCCGCAAAACUCUCGAAGAUCGGUAG